AUCCAGCAUCUCCCCGCUUUCAGCAUACCUCCAUAUCUACCUACUUUACAAACAUGCAAGAGUCCAAACCUCCGCGAAGGUCCUUCAACGGCUGUGAAAGAUGCCGCAAGCGGAGACAAAAAUGCGGCGAGGAACGGCCGACAUGUAAACGAUGCCGUGAUGCCAGGGCUUCAUGCGUGUACGCACUCAAUGUUCGAUGGGGGGGCCGGAGCUUCCACCUCUCCCGAUUCCGCCACUGUCAGGUCCAAAAACUCGCCAUGCCAUCUGGGGGAUUUGUCUAUUCGGGCAUCCGGUCUUCUAGUAGCCCCGAUGGGGACGACAUCGAGAGGCGCAACCCUGAACCUGUACUGAAUGCACCGACGAGCCUCGGAGCACCCCAACCGUCCUUCCAACAAUACCCCGACGUCGAGCCUGGCCUUUUGAUCCUGCUCGAUUACUUUGUUCAUGUUGCCUCCGAGAGCAUGUGCACACACCAACAAAUCAGGUCCGAGUUGUGCCAGACUCUCAUUCCAAUGUCGCAUACCGUACCCUCGCUGCUCAGCGCCAUACUUUCUUAUUCUGCCUCGCACAGGGUGGCCGAUCCUCUAAUCAGCACACAUCAACAGGAUAAGGUGCUUGCAGCUCGCUUGAAGCUGGAGAGCAUCCACAGGCUGCGCAACGAAGUGGAUGCUUCAGUCACAGGGGCACAAGGCACACUGGCGACCAGCCUAAUGCUCCUCCAGUGCGUACUGGCUCAUCAAAAUGAUGACUACAAUGCCUGGAGAUUGUUCUUGCAUGGUGCAAGGACCGCCAUGAAAGUGAUAACCUCCGCACGACCUAAAUCGGGAUGGACCGCUCCAAACCCCUCGUUGCGAUACUUGCAAGAUCGAUAUCAGCUUUUUGAGCUCAUUGCCAUGCUGCCACCCUCUGGCUUCCCUGCCAGCAUCACCUUGAUGGAUGAGUUGCCCAGCUCACCCCCUACAAGUGCCGAUUGGCUAACAGCGACGUCUCCGCUGACCUUCUUCCUCGACAACUACGGAUGUUCCACAGAUGUACGCCGCCUUCUGCGCGGCAUAUCAGCCCUUGCUUGGGAGCGCCGCCAACUGAAUACAAGGAGCGACCCAAACUGUUCCUCGCCGGCGUUGAACAUGGCUGAACUCGACCAAAAGUCUAGAACCCUGGAGGCAGAACUCCUCUGCGUGAUAAACCGCGAUCAACAGCCACGACCCAUCUUUUCCCCGGCAGUCCUGGAUAUUCUCACAGAAGAACAAAUAUUCGAAUUCAUUACCUGUAACCAGAUAUACGAGUACAUGCUCCUGACUUUCCUACGCAAAGAAGUCAUAGGUAUGGCCACAGCAAGUGAAGAGGUACAAGGACCAAUCCGCGAGAUAAUCAACCUUACUUCCCUGCUUCAGCCACUACAUGGCCUCUCUCCAAGCACUGGGCUCAACACGGCGCUUUUCAUUGCUGGUCGCCACGCCUUGCCAUGCCAUCAACCUGCAAUCAUGAAUCAUCUAUCAGCAUUCUUUUCCCGUACGCUCAAUUACAACACGGUGCGUGCACAGGACGAAUUGAUGAAACACUGGUCCUCAUCAAGUCGUUAUUCUGAGUUGGAACCAUCAGGAGACAAACGAUGCAGUAGUGCCCGUCUCUAGCUCUUCAUCGUUCAUCCUGGCGUAAUAACGCCCCGAAUUGCCAGGACAAGCCCUAUCAUCUAAGCGACGCUGUGAAGCGGCUACCCGAGAAAGGAACAUGGUAUGUUAGUCGCAGCCCCUGGGCCACAUGACACUCUGCUUUGUGUGUCUUGCUCGAAGACGGGGGUUCACCAAGGGGCGUUUGCGAAGCCGAAGGAUGCCGGUAUUGGUGAGGUGUGGGAUGGAUGUGGACAGACACGUAAGGUGACCUGUUGAACACAUAGCGAAGUCCCGAAACUUGGUCAGACGGUGUCUAACUUUAUCACAUUUCACCCAUUUUAUCCUAUGGCGAUGAUAUAUACAGAAACUAUGUGAAUG